AUGGCUUGGGAUAUUUCUCCCCUUCGGCAAUUUGUAUUGCCUCCUGUUGUGGAUGACCAAGCCAUGCGCCAUCACUCAGGUCAUGGCAGUCGACCAAGCCUUAGUGACGAAUCUCCUAGGGGAGCUCCCAACUGCCUGGCUGCCAAUGGACUAGGAGCUGCCUGUUUGGCUAUUGGAACCGACCAAGGGGCCGUAUGGCUCGUCGAUAGAUAUUCUGUGUCUCCAAUUCACUUUCCUGACAAUCAACAACUACAGGUAUGCGAUUUUGUACUUGCAUUUAACUAA